UCUUCAGCGAGAAACACAGAACAGACAGAAUGAGUGCCCCAGCUCUGCAAACCACAGGCUUCGUUUCAGGCGUCAUUGGGACGGCUGGAGUUUUUGCAGCCACCCUAAUGGACGUCUGGUGUUUCAGAAACCAGCAACAGGAUCAUCCCCAAAAGAUCAGCCCCAUCUACACUUAUAAGGGUCUGUGGAAGGACUGCGAGAUGUCCGGGACUGUAUUCCCUGAGUGCCAGCCUCUCUACAGCCAUCCUAACUACUCAGGAAUCCUCCAGGCUGCAAGAGCUUUGAUGAUAAUAGCGAUUUUGGUGGCCGUGAUCGCAGUGUUCAUCGGGUUUUUCUGCUUGAAGUGCCUCAAAAUGAGAAAUAUGCAGCUUUCCACCAGAGCCAAACUCAUCCUAAGUUCUGCGAUCAUUUUCUUCAUUGCUGGAAUUUGCGGUAUUGCUGCAGCAUCAGUGUACGCUGAUCAACUAGUGCCUAGUUUCAUGAUGCCCCAGUUCAACCAAAAGCAAGGAGAGAAGGGAGGAGUACAGUGUGCAAACAAUGUAGCAGCAAUGGACCCAUCUGCUUCCAGGUACACGUUUGGCCCUGCCCUCUACAUAGCCUGGGUGGGAGCAGCUUUGUUAAUUCUGGGAGGAAUUUUGAUGAGCAUCGCAUACAAAAGAAUGCAAUGCAAAACUGAGACGAGAGAGGGCUACAUCUACAACGCAGCCCAGUGCAGGGCAGCAGAGGAAGAGUCCCAGUGCCAGACCCAAUGCCAGUCUCUGUCCCAGUGCCAGUACCAAUGCCAUUCCCAAGUCCAGAGAAUCUGAGGAGAAUCAAUAAUCUAACUGAAAA